CAGGGUUAGGAAACUGCUGGACGUACGCCGCCGGGGGCGUGGUUACCAGUAUUUGGUUGAUUGGGAGGGUUACGGUCCCGUGGAGAGGAGCUGGAUUCCACCCCGUGACGUCCUGGGACGUUCGAUCAUUGAUGACUUCCUUCGCUCUCGCCAAUCCUCUUCCUCGGGAGCGCCAGGGGGCGCUCCUCGGGGUAGGGGUACUGUCAUGAGCCGGGUUUGAUUUUCCUCUUGUUUUCUCCCUUUCCCCCUGCCUUCAUUGCUUAUUUACUUCAGCUUUUUUGUCAUUUCUGUCGGCGCUCGUGCCUAUUCGCGUCCGCACCUGUUGUGUGUCUUCGGUGAUUGUCUUGGCUAUUUCUCCCUGCUGUUUGUUCGUGUCUUUGUCCCAGUUUUCCCAGCUGCAAUGUCUCUGUGUGACGACGCUUGGCAGUCUGCCAAAGACAGCUAAACAGACAUUUUUAACAGACAUGUUACACAGAUUUUAUAAAUUUGAUUAAUGCGGUUCUCUGAGUGUUCAAUCUCCAGAUUACCCCAGAUGACUUCUGGGAUGGCUGCCUUGACAUACUAACUGAAAGCAACUGGACUGUGCAACAAGCGAGAUCAAGAAACACAAGGACAUGGCUGCAGAGAGGAAAAGAGGCAUUGGUUGAUGGGCCUUCACUCCCCCUGAAAGAGGAAGUUGAAAACUUCUGAGGGGCUGAUAUGGACAAAGACAGAGCCAACGCGGUAAUGACCGAGAAAACAUGCUGUUUUCAUGCAAAUGGUCUCAACCGCAGCUUGAUCAAAAGUCAGACUGAGGAGAGGCAGAGAGAUAACAGCAACCAAGUCAAACUACUGUCACACCAUAACACCAGGCCCUUCAGUUCAACUGAUUGCUGACCCGAGCAGAAGGACUUCAUCUUUUCCUAAGAAGGUACAGGUGAUACAUGUCCAAUUAUCACUACAGAGACCGCUUCAAAUUUUAUUGAUUGGCCAUAUUAAUUACAUUUUGAUUAUUCACUGGUCCAAUAGCAGUUCCCUGCAUUAUAUUCAGCUAACACUCUCUAUGUGCUUUCUUCCAAUAGACAUCAUUCCAGCCAUAAGCAUUAAAAAUCAGAAAGAAAGAAAAAAGGAGGGGAGGCUGAGUGCUUGACUUAACAAUGAACUAAAACUGGGACUGGACUUAGUUAGGAACUUGGAUUAGUGAGAGGAUAUUGAAUUAACUAACUAACAGCAAAUACAUAAUUAGAUCACUGAUGAUGACAUUUUCGACUUGCCUUUUAAGACAGACCUAAUGAGCCUGUAUGAUACUGAGCUCUCUAUAAGAAAAAGAAAAAAAAGAAGAAAAAAAAGAGGACAUAAUGUACUUAAGAAAAAUGUGGAUGAUAAAGCUGUGGUGCUGGUCACUCCAUCUUGGUCAAUAUUUUUUUUAGGGCUACUAUAGAUCUAAAGUAAUAAUUCCAAAAUUACAAAUUUAUGAUAUAAAGGCUGUCAUUACCAGGGAUUGCAUGGUGUUAAUACUGUAUUGUUGGUCAUGAAUUCAAAACAAUGGUGAGAUCUAAAGUCAAUUCAAAGAGCAGCUUAUGACGAAAUGGAAAAAAAAAGACUUAUGACAAAAGAUUAAAUUAAUAGAUGAAUGACAAAUUAGCUUUGAGAAAUUGAAAUUGGUUCCUUCACACUGCGAUAUGUCAGACAUAGCAGAUCAUUUGAUUUAUUAGAUAAUUGGAGCAUUUGAGUUUAUGACUGUGGUGUUUAACACAAGUACAUGGCAACUAAUACCGAUCAGCUGUAUUAUUGGAAACAUUUAGACACUGUCAAAUGGGGAAUGCCACAUGGCCUAUGUUCAGUAGAUCAUGUCAUUAGAAUUUUGUUACUAAUUUAGAAUUGGUGGUGUUCGAACCUUGAUAUUUAGGAUGGUAAAUUGCAUAUAAAAUUAUAUAAAUAUUGAUAAGUCAAUUAGGAGGCAUACUCUAAAACAAUAUAAGACGACAAAUGAUUACACCAGCAACUCUUUGGAUUCGCAUGGUUUUUAACCAUUGCGCAAGGGGGGAAAUGACAAUCAAAGUCACUGACAGAUGAUUUGAUGAUUUUUUUUUAUGAUAAAUGAUUGAUAUUUUUAAUUUUUUAGUCAAAUGCAACAUUUGUGUCCAAAAACAAUGUCAGAAAAGAUGUGUACAUGGAUUUGAAUGGUCAACCAAGGGGAAUACCAAAUGAAUUUAAGGACGCAGAUGAAGUCAAAUCAGAAUUUGAGUAUAUUUGUGUGUAUAAUUUAUGAAAAAAAAAAUAUGAAUUACAUUUAUUGUGAUUAACAGAAGCUCAUUAACCACAUUGAAAAAUACUGAACAGUUGGGGACCCAUAAGCAAAAUGACAUGGCCAAACAGAGACAAACAUUAAAUUAGUUAUACGAAGAAGAAAGGAGGUGUUUGUAAAGUAUAUAUGAAGCUAACACUUAUGUUCCAAAUAAUACAGCUCCUGAUGGAUUAUUCAACGAGGCAAUGAAGAAACUGAAAAAUAAGGGAAGAAAUCUCUGAAAAUGAAGGAGAUAAGCAUAUUCGAAACUAGUUUGACAAAAUAUUUGAAUUAUGGGGUAAAUUACUUACUAAAGGGAGAAUAAUAAAAGCAGUGCCUAUUGCUAUUUUGUUGUUGUUGUUGUUGUUCUGUUGUAUUGUGCCUUUUCUCAGAUAAAUGAUGGCCAAUGCAGCUGCCAAACAGAUGAUCUGUGUAAUCUGUAAGACGAUCUGGAGUCAAUAUCGGAUGCACCAACACUGGAGUGUAUCCAAUUGGUCCAGGGCUGGAUGAACUGGACGAGUUUCUGUAAGACCGACUACAUAAAGAGAUGGAAGGGGUGUCUUUUUUAUUUUUAUCACAAAAGUUUGAUCAUGUUUUUGGUGAGAAAGGGAGUUAGUCAUAUCAUGUCUUUUCUUUGGGGAAAAAAAAACAAAGUAAGUAAUUUAGAACAUGGGUAGAGUAGGCAGUUAGUAAGUGGGUGUUUUGUUUAUUAUUUUGGCUUAAAAACCCCUUCCUGUUUUUAUUUUAGUUUUUAUCUUUUAUUAUUAUUAUUACAUUUGUUCAAGUUAUUAUACUUAUAUUACACUACAUGAAUGAGAGGGGACGACUGAGGGUCUGAAGCAGGUCAUUAUCUGUGUUACAAGGUAAUGCAACCAGAUUUAAAGGGAAAUGACAAGAAUGUUUUCUUAAAUUUAAUUUAUUAUUUAUUCAUUACUUUGAAGUUGUAAUAUGUACUUACUAAUCUACUAAAAAGUCCAAUGGAACUCAAAAGAAGAAAGGAUCGACGAGCACAUCAGCCCAGAUAGCGCUCCAGGCCAUUGGAAGCGCCUGAGAGUUCCUCUGACACCAUGGGAAAACCAGUGCACCAAAAUUAAUAAUCUUAUAUUAACCAUAAUGAGUUUAAGCACUGAUAUAUUCUACAUAACCAUAACAACCAUGGGCAAGACCUCUUCUGGAGUGCAGUCACAUGAGGCAGCCGUUUGGUAGUGAAAAGGAGGAUCACUAUUGGUCCUGAGACGGAAGAUGAGAGGGCUGACUUGUGAGGUUGCACUCUGGAAAAAGGGAAAUGGAAGUGGGAAUUAAGAGAUUCCCAGAGGGGGGGAUUUGAUGGAGUAUUUUAUCCAUCCUAUAGAAAACAAUUGUAGAAUUAGUUUGCUUACUAUAAAAGCUAGAAGUGUUUUGAGGCCUCUUUGCCACUGAGCAUAAUUUUGUUGGUAAUUUUCCACCAGACAACAGGUGGCUGUGAAAUGAACAAGACCAUUGUUAAGUGUGUCAUAUGAAGGCUUCUUGCCUCUGGGGAGUGUUGACUGUUUUGAUAUAAUGUUUCAUUUGGCCAAUGGGAAAAGGGUUGACCAUCAAUUGGCAGAAGGCCCAUGAGAGAUAAAGUCAAAAGAUGUAGACUAGUUGGCAGUCGGCCACCCUUACUAAGAAAAUUGUCCCUUACAUAAGCAACACCUGAAGUUUUAAUUGGUGAAAUGACUAUGGUGGAAAGGUCAGGGGAGUACAUGGGAAGGAGGUGUGGGAGGAGGUCUUGUGUAGGUGAGAACAUGGGAAAAUGUAAGGGUGAAUAUUCUCAGCCAAUGAUAUUACUUUGGUAUGAUUUAUGAGAUAAGAAAAAUAUAUAAAAACUGUGCCCCGGCUAAGGGAGCCUCAGAUGUGAAGCUGGUAUCUCACUUUAUUGUUUGACAAUAAAGUUAAAUACUUCUGGGACCUGAAACUUCGACUCUGUGACUUUUUCUUUGAGACCAGAUCUGAAGGGACAAAGAGACAUCGAAUCUGCCACAACACUAUCAGCUAAAAUCCCUGUUUACUCGAACUACAAGUUUAAGAACUGCAAUACACAAGAACAGUACAUUGAAAAAGAUCUUGAUCAUUCAUCAUCUCAUCCUCUUCAUCAUGACGCUGUUUCUUCAUGUGCUGAUGCUGUUUCUUCUCUCCGGUGGUUCGGCCAGAGUUGUGCCGGAUUUUGAGCAGGAGUGUGGUCAAUUUUUUGCAGGUGGAAAAUCACCAACAAGAUUUACUGGAUCAAAGUACAAGCAGAUCUGCCAAAAUCUAAAUAAUCUCUACUAUUAUGCCACAUAUUAUGAUACAUACAACAGGAUCCCAGUGUACUCAGCCUACAAGUUUGAAGGGAUAAUGGACUGCACAAGACAAAACAACUGGUACAUUGAACCUCAACUUGAUGAUGAUAAAGCAGGACCAUCCAUGGCAUCUGAGGGGUCUGUGGAUAUAAAACUACGAGGAAACCAUCAAGCUCUCAAUGGAGAUUAUGUGAAGUCCGGCUACCACAGAGGUCAUCUGGCACCAGUCUAUCAGGCACAAUCACAGAGCUGUUCUGACGCCACCUUCACUCUCACUAACGCUGCUCCACAAGACCCCUCUUUUAACAGCGGUCAAUGGAAGGUACUAGAAAGAAACAUUGCAAAAGCACUAUCUGAGCAAUGUCUACCAAAAAAGUAUUCUGUUUACAUUGUAACAGGGGUGACACCAGGUACAAGUAAAUUGAAAAACAGAGUUAAUGUGCCUAGUUAUUUCUGGACUGCAUACUGCUGCUUAGACCAGAAUAACAAAUGUCAAAUCUCAAGAGGAUUUAUUGGAGAAAACAAGAACAUCACUCCCCGGAACAUAAAUGUGAAUGAUUUAAAGAAAGUGUUGGCAAAGCUUUAUAAAGUCACAUCUUUUGAGGUGUUUGAUAGCUCUACAGUACCCCCAAUUAAACAAAAAAAGUAAAGCUUUCAGAAUAAAUGUAACGUGUAGUCCUGUUUUACCUGCCAAGUUAGUUUCCUUGGUUAUUAAUCAGCUCUACACCUGUUCUGUUUCAGUCAAUCAUCCUCUGUGUAUUUAAGCCCUCAGUGUCCUGUGUUUCAUUGUCUGAUAUCGUGUGUUUACACCACAAUGAUGUACUAAAAACAGAUGACAAUGUUGUCAAAACGUUCUCACGGAUCUGUGAAAAUGAUUAAAAAGGCUGUACUUUGCAGGUCAGUAGUUGGCGAAGUCACUUUUGUCAAGAAACACGUAAUACUCAUGCGCAUGACAUCACUGUUUUCACAAAUUCUUUUGCUUACAUGGAGACGGUAAAGGCAUAAUUUUAAAAAAACUUGCACUUUGAAACCCAUUUUCAAAACUUUGCAUUUUCAGGCCAAAACACAAAAAGUUUGCCUUUUUCGGUUGAAAGCUGUGUCGUGUAAACAUUUUCUAAGUUUAACGUGGUUGUGUUUGUUUAUUCUCCUUCUUAUUUCCUGUUGGAUUUAUUACAUUUUUGUUAAUUACUCCAUCACUGUGUGCUUCUCUACAGGAAUAAAUGAUUAUAAUUAUCUGCUGAAUCGUAAAGGAAAUCAUAAAGAAACUUUACAUGCAAUUCUUGUUUUUUUGUAAUAUUGAAUUCAGGGAUGCAAACAGGUGGGAGGGAGGUGAGAACAUUGCCUGGGGCGGGGGCAUGCUCCGCACACAAUGAUUUUUUUUAAAGAUAUUUGCUUUGCAUGCUCAUUAUUUGUAGUUACUUUAAGGGAUUUUUUAAAUUUAUUUUUUAUUACCUUAUAUGUCAUUUUUCACAAUUUUGUUUUAAAAU